GUAUACCCAUGUGAUUCUGGUUGGUCAGCCAUUUUGUUUUAACACCCAGGACACAUCUGUGAAGCGAUAUAUGAAGCUAUACAAUAUUAUAAUUUUUUAUUCAUGGAAUUAAUUUAUUUCUUUAAAACACUUCAUUCUUUCUAAAAUUAUAUUUUUUCUUUUUAAUUUAAAUCUCAUUAGCGGAACAACAAACAAACUAACAAUGGGUUUAAAAACAAACGCUUUAAUUUUUGUGUUGUUCGCGAUCUCUAUCGCGGAAAUAAGGGGUCAGGUGGGACAGUGUACAACACUGACGCCGUGCGCAUGCGUAUACGACGAUGGCGUCAUUGUCAAUCUGACGUCACUUUCUAGAAACGACGGCUUUCCAAAUUUCAGUAACAAGACUGACAAUCACGGUGACGUCUACUCGUGGAAUCCGUGCACACCUUUCUCCUACGUGGGACCCAAGAACAACACAGAAUGUACAAACGUGUCGGUGUGCAUGGUACGACACGGUUUUCCAAGCGAUCUCUACUUCAAUCUCGGAACUGAAGACAGCGCACAGUUUUCUGUCGACGUUAACGGAACGCUGAAACUGACGUACACCAAGACGGAAGACGGCUUUCAAAGGUCAGCAGAAAUAAGUCUUCAGUGCCUCGACAGUUCCGUCUUCGACUUUUUAGUCAUUCAAGGGGAACAAGACAUCAACAACGACACGAUCGUUUAUAAAAUGACGCUGGCCAGCAAGUGGGCGUGUGCGUACGCGCCCAAAAUUGAUCCUGCCCUUCCUUCUGCGGGUCUUGGAGGCGGAGCCAUCUUCGCUAUUGUUCUCUUCAGUCUGAUUGGUGGGUACCUUUUGCUGGGUGUGGCCUAUCAAGCGUUCGUCAAGAAAGAGAGUGGAGCCCGGCUGUGUCCUAACCACGAGUUCUGGUUCUCCAUUCCAGGAUAUUUCAAAAGCGGCAAGAAGCCACUUUCCGAAACCAAGGGUGGUGCCUACGAGAGUAUAUAGGCCAACAAAGAAUAUGAUCAAUGCAAAAUAGAGACUCAAAAUCCAACGUUCUGUCUGCAUACUUAUAUACAUAACAAAUUCACAGCAUAUAAAUUAUUAUAGCAGAUGCUACAUAUGUAAUGUACGUACAUGUAUACUUAUACAGUUCACGUCUGAACUGAUGUCUGAUGUUGUGUUAUGAAUACUCUACGAGAAACUGUAGUUUAUCAGUAUAAAAAUAAUAACCUACGCCAUAUUAAUUAAAAUGUUGUAAAAAAAAUCAUAAACACUAAUUCAUGGAUUGAUAAUCGCUUGUAUUUUUCCAGCUAAUUAACCUAAUCAAACACCUUGUGUAAUUAUGAAUUCAUGGAGAGGUCAAUUCGGAAAGGUAUACAGUGCUUUUCGUGUUGUAUUGGUGCAUCAAAUAUAAGAUAUAACUGUAAAUGUAUGCAAUAUUACAGAUUAUGUAGGUGAACGUAUUUAUUGUUAUUGUUGAUUUGCAAAACAAAAUGCACCGUGAUACCCGUUUAUAAUAAUGUUCUAUGCUAAAGUGUUCGUAUUGAAUUAAAUAUAGAUUAAAUUU